AUGGCCGAGCUCGCAGUCUUCGACAAAGACCCAAAUAUCUACCUCUUCACCUCCUUGACCGCAGGCUCCUCACACAUCGUUACAGCGACAUCGCGGAUCGAGACAAUCUUGAAGGCGAACAAAAUCCCCUUCAUCGGUCUCGACACAGCAACGCACGAAUUGGGCAGGAAGCUAUUCCAGCGGCGAGCAUCCGGCAAGAAGCUUCCACUGCUGGUAAAGGAGGGCUAUGUACUUGGCGGUAUCGAGGAAAUCGAAGAAUGGAACGAGUACGAUGAGCUGCGCGAGGCACUCGGCGUCGACUCCCAGUUCACUGCCAAUCCCCCCAAACCCACAUCGCUCUUCGAACCGGCACCAAGCAAGACACCGCCGCCACUCGCCGGCGCAUUGCCGGGUGGCUUUUCGUUCGGGUCGUUUGGAGGCAUGGCGAAAGAGAACGCACCUGUUGCGAGUUCAGAGCAAAAUCUCGCGAUAAGACAAAUGGGCACUGAAGCAGCGAAGCUUGCUGCAAGCAAGAAGCCCGCGCCGGUCAAAAUCUCAACAACAAAUCCGCUGUUGACAGAGAAGACGAACGCGAAGAGCCCAGCGGACAUCCUGAGCCCCAAGUCGACACCGUUGCCGAAGUCGCCGAACACGGCUACUACAGGGAAGGAUGAGAGUGAGGCCAAGAAGCUGCCGCCGGCCGAGCUCCCCGACAUCCUCUCUCCGCGCUCCAUACCGCUUCCUCAGACACCUGGUGCGGCGCCGAAACUGGGGCAGCAGAAGCCUGUACAUGCACCACCGCGUAUGCACGACGAUGCAGCGAACCCGGCUCUAUCGGCUGGCCCCACAAAGACCACACAGAAGAAAGAGGAGAGCUCUGAGGAAGAAGAUGACGACGAUAGCGAUGACGGUGAGGAGAGCAGCGAGACAGACACCACAGCGAAGAAGAAGAAGGAGAAGACGCAGGAUCAGGACCCCAAGGAUGCUAGCAGAGCGGGUGCGAGCGUGAAAGAGGGAGAGCAAGAAAAGCAGAGCAGUGAAGACGACAACUCGAGCUCAGCCGAGGCUGACGCGGAAAAAGAGGAGAACAAGGCGGAAUCCAAGACUCCUGAAGCCAAGGAAAUAGCACACAAACCACAGCCAAAGCAGAAGAGUAGCGAAGGAACAAGUUCAGACGAAGAAGAGGAGAGCGACGAGAAAGAAGUGAAGAGCGAAGAGCCAAAGAAGGCCGAAGUCAAACAGACACAGGCUCAAGAUGCAAAGGAUGCAUCAAAGGCAGGCGAGAGCGUCUUGGACUAA